UUCACAUAUAUUUUUAGCAUGAAAAGAAAAAAAGAAAAAAGGAGGGAGAUAAAAAACGACAUUGAAAUAAGAGAGAAGGGGGGGAUCCUCGAGAUUUGAAUUUCGGCUUGAUAAUUUCCAAAUUGGUGGCAAGAUUUGGUUUUUCCCGCUCUGGGCAUGGCCACUUCAGACUGGGAAGACGAUUGGGAGCUCUGCAACGACGAUGGCUUCGUUUACAAGCGCAAGAAGCGCCGUCUCGACGCCCUCCCCGUCGCCCCUGCGCCGCCUCUUCCCGAUCCCCAGGCGGAGGAGGACCAUCGUAGGGAGCGGAAGAAGAGGGCCCUCAUCAAGAUUAAGGAGAAGUACCAGAGGGAGAUUGAUCACUGGGAGCAUUUGUCGAACACCUUGCGCGCAAUGGAGGAGACGGCCCAUCAACAACAACGGCGGCAGCAGCAUGAGCAAGCGUCGUUGUCUCUUCCAUUAGCUGAUUCGCCAUCGUCGGAGUUUGUUUGCCGGACGUUGGUCGACGAGCUCCUCUUGCAGGCAGAGGCUCAGGAAGCAAUAAUUCAUGAUGUUUCCAAUCUGUGUGAUGUGGCGGAAGCCAUGUACAAUGUGCAAGACGAACAGUUGAAGCAAUCUUUCAUCGAUCUCCCGAUAUGGGGAUCACCACGAAAGCUAAUGGCAUCAUUGUGUGACGAGUAGUUUCUUCUGGGUGGUUGGCAGCUUAGCAUUUGAAGAAAGAUUUGUAAUGGUAACAAUGUCUCGCUUGUAACUGUAGCGUUGCUAAUGCAUCAAGAACAGCUACUGUAAUCUAUUGUUAUGUAGAAUUCUUCCUUUCAAGAUAGUGAAAAUUACCCUGUCCUGUUCUUUCCCCUGGUUUUUGAGAUUUCGCCUUCAUUAUUCGAAUUGUUGUAUAAAUGUUCACUAAUGAUGAUGUGGGCAAGGAUUUUAGUUUGGA